AUGGCAGACAUACAGACUGAGCGAGCUUACCAAAAGCAGCCCACCAUCUUCCAGAACAAGAAGCGGGCACUUGUGGCUGAAGGCAACAAGGAAAAGCUACCCUGCUACUAUCGAAAUGUCGGCCUGGGCUUCAAUACUCCACGAGGGGCCAUCAAUGGGACCAACAUUGACAAGAAGUGUCCAUUCACUGGGAAUGUGUCCAUCCAGGGGAGGAUUCUGACAAGUGUCAUGACUAAGAUGAAGAUGCGAACCAUUGUAAUUCACAGAGGCUACUUGCACUACAUCAGGAAAUACAAUCACUUUGAGAAGCGACAUAAGAACAUGUCUGUUCACCUAUCACCCUGCUUCAGGGAUGUGCAGAAUGGGGACAGUGUGACUAAAGAGUGUCAGCCUCUCAGUAAGACUAUGCAUUUCAAUGCCCUCAAGGUCACUAAAGCCACAGGAGCCAAAAAACAGUUCCAGAAAUUUUAA